UAAGGUUGGCUUCAAAACCGCACAGUUUGGUUGGACGUUCAGUAACAUACGGUAACAGUACUGUGAGAUAGGAGUUAACUUCGAUUUAAAAUUACCGAUUUAUUGGCUGGUUUGACCAUUACCCUUAAUUUGACAGUUGAAAUUAUUGAGAAUCUAAUUGUGUGGAUAAUUUAUACGCAUCUCAUCGUUGGAUCUACUCCAGCGGCCAUUCCAACCAACUGAUCGAGUCGCGCACCACAGUUCAAAUAUCAGGUGGUAUGAAUACUGGUGCUAGUUUUUUAUCAAUUUUAGUUAUACUUAUAGUUGUUUCUAUUCCAAGCCACGAGAUAGAAUUUGUUGAUGAACCAAAUGAUAGUUAUGGGCUAGAGAACCAGCAAAUCACACUUGUUUGUUCAGCUGUAGGGUCUCCAAAUAUCACGAUUACAUGGCACAAACUAGACAAUAUUUCUUUUGCAAGCGGUUCCACUAAAGUGGCUGGAGAUAGCGUAUAUUCUUCCUAUGGGUUUACUCUUGUUAGUGAAAAUGAGGGUGAUUAUUACUGCAAUGCAUCGGAUUCCCUUCACUGGAUUCAGUCCAAGAAAGCAAGUGUCCGAAUUUCAUUCCUUAACGAAAAGUUUAAAUUAGAGCCUCAAAGCAAAGUGGCAAAUAUUGGUGAUACAGUUUUAUUGGAAUGUAUUCCUCCUUUUGGGCUACCUAGUCCUACUAUUGAGUGGCUAAAGGAAAACUCUUCUCUGUUACCCAACAAUCGAAUACAGAUUAUGGAUGUUGGAAAUUUGAGGAUCGAUAGGAUAACGUGGCAAGACUCUGGUUACUACACUUGCGUAGCCAAAUCUUUUGCUUACCGCAGGGAAAGUUCCAAAGCCUAUCUUACUGUUCGGCAGCGUCCAUAUUUUAUUGUCUCACCUAAAAGUCAAUCAGUGCCAGUGCAUAGUGUAUUUGAACUGAGUUGCCGUGCUGCUGGGGAGCCCCCCCCUGUCGUUGUUUGGCGCAGAGAACCUUCAGUACCCAGUAUUUCAUACUCACGUGUUCGGCUGCUUCUAGGUGGAACACUUCGUUUUGUAAGUGUUCAGUCUGAUGACUCUGGAUAUUAUAUUUGUCGAGCAGUUAGUUCGACAGGGAUUGUUGAAGCAGUCGCCUACAUAAAUGUUGUUACACCUCCAGGUUUGGUUGUCACGCCUCCUAGUAAAAUAUACGCAUAUGAAGGCAACCGGGUUGAGUUGUUUUGUAGUGUGACAGGCUCCCCAUCCCCAGAUGUUCGUUGGUUGCAGUGGUCAACUAAAACAUAUUUCAUCCCAACUGUAUCUGUAUCCGAGCGGAUUUACGUCACGAGUUCUGGGACUCUUAUUAUACUUACUGCCAGGCCGGAAGAUGCUUCUACGUAUGAAUGCCGCGCUUCGUCUCCUGCUGGUUUAACUAGGAGCCUGACAGAUAUUCAAGUUCUGUUUAAUCCCAAAUUAAUUCCAGGUCGUGUGGGUGCUGUCUCAACUCCUCAUAUUUUCGGUAAAAGUUUCCGCAGUCCAACAGCAGUACGAGUACUUUGUGGCAUUCCGUUGGAUCCUGUAUUCAAUUAUUCACAUGGAACUCAAUCUAUUUCUAAAGAACCCGAACUUAGCGCAAAAUCGGACAUAAUAUGGCUUAACAAUGGUGAAUUCAUUCAUAAACCAAGUUCAUCGAACUCUCGGAUUUCAAUCGAGGCAGAUGGCUCUUUACUACUUUAUCCAUUUCGACCACAUGAUGCAGGAAACUACACUUGUUCCGUCUACCGAAAAGUAAGCCAUCGGUUCGCACAGUACGCUUUCACUAUAAGCUUAAAAGAGCAUAAUGAUUCAAUAUAUCAACCUCGUACGUAUUCCCAGUUACCUUCACCUCCAGAAAAUGCAAGAAUUGUUAGUGUUGGUGACACGUGGGUAGUUUUAAAAUGGUCUGACAACAAUUCUUCUGAGUCAACAAGCUAUAAAGUUUACGUUUUACCGCAGAUUCAUUCUCAGAAAACAGUUCACUCAGAUCAACAUUUUCAGGACCUAAAGCACACUAAGACUACCAGUGAUCAUAUGAAGUCAGAUGAAACACAGAUGCCUAGUAGUAAACCCUUUAAACUGGAUACCUGGUUCACCGCAAUUGAAAAAUCUUACCAUACCCAAGUCCGUAUAACAGGCCUACUACCUGAUACCGGAUACUGGGUUGAAGUUAGAAAAGUUAAUAGUUUCGGAAUGAGUUCAGGAGCUCUAGUACCUUAUAUAGUGUAUACUGUAAAAAAGCCUUCUGAAAUUAUAUUUUCACAUGUUUCAAAAAGUAAUAGGACAGUUUCUGAUUUGGUAAUCAAGCAUCCUGAUUCGCUUUUUGCUGGUGGUCAAACAGCUGUUGAUUUUCAGGAGCUGGUUUCAACAUUCCAAUCCAUCGAUUUACAUCGCAUAUCAAUCCGACCCCUCACGUCUUCCGAACUUUUGGUUAGCUGGGCUGCACGGUCUUCUAAUGAAGUGCUCAAGCGUAUUGAUGGUUUCAAAAUAAACGUGCGAUCAGUUCCAAUGUCACGUUGCAUAGCUGCUGUUACAUCUAAACCACCAAGCUAUUCGUCUGCCUUUCGCGAAAACAUUGGAGAUUCAGGAUCGUUGGAUAUUUAUGAUAUUAAUCAUGAGGAUUUUUCAUUUACUAGUUCAGUUCACUGUUCUUUCACAUCCCCUAAGCUUCUCGAACAAACAGUUUUAAUGGCUAAUGCAGUGAGUGAUAAAGAUGUAAUAUAUGUUGGGACCUCAGAUCACUCAUUUCAAAACAUAAUCAUCAUGAAGACUGUGUCUCGCGAUCAGCCGGUUGCUAAGGCUGUUAUCGGUGAUCUGUCACCUUUCAGUUGCUAUGAGACGGAUAUUGAAGCCUUCAAGGACGAUCCAACAUACGGUCGUAUUCUAAGCAGAUCUAGUCGAUCUGAAUUGGCUUUGACUCUCGAUGCACCACCCAGCUCCUCGCCAGAAUUAAUAAGCGCCGAAUGGCUUCUUCAUAUUAGUCCGUUAAAUCCCGAACAAAUAACAGGAGGUCAGAAAAUCAACUCUUCCACAUAUCCAUCUGAAAGUAUUCGAUUAUCAUGGAAACCACUUGAGUUAAAAAUGGCUCAUGGUGCACUGUUAGGAUAUGCAGUACAUAUGCUGGCGAACAAAAGUCAGUUCAGUCGUUCUCUUCAUGUAAGUCUUUUUUAUCUGGUAAAUUUGUGCACAAUCUUAGUCUUGUAUUUCAAUGUUCAGGAAUUUUCUAGUCAAAUCUUCAUUAUCAUUUUUUAAUUUUGCUUUUAACGGUUACACCUUGGACCGUUUGUGUUUUCUGAGUACUUUUACCUUGUAUAUGUUUUUCUAUACUCGUUCGCAUAAUCUUAACUGUUUUGGAACCACAUCACAAGAGUGUCUUCAAUCCUUUCCCAGGAAGUCUGCAGUCCUUUCCAUCACAGGUACCAUCAUUCAUAAAGAUUACGGAUCUAAAUUAGUCUGGCCACUGAAUUUUCUUUCAUAUUAUUUUCAUCCCGGAAAUUCUGCAAGUUUAAGUGGAAAGAAGUUCAGUAUAAUUAUUAGAUAUCUUGGGAAGUUGAGGUUUAUGAUGUGAUCUUCGUUAACACAUUUAACAAUUUGCGUCUAAUAUAAACAUUUCUCACUUGGAAUUUUUCCAAAACUUGUAACUACUCAUGAUAAAAGUAACUUACCGUAGUAAAAAUAGUAACUGGAUAUUACUGCACACUUUAUUGGUUACAGUAAAUAUACAAAUAUUUUAUACAUGUUGUGGGUAACUUAUGCUGAGACCUGAACUCUUGUUUGUGUUUUAGUUACUGUAAGUCUCACUUGCAUUUUCACAGGAUGAGGGUAGUUAUUAAUCUUGAAUGCUACUAUGGGAUCACAGCAUAUGUAGCUUAGCGAUUAAGACAUCUGAUUUUAAACUAUUAGAUUUCGAGCUGGAAACGCCCUGACUAAUUCAUUUUGAGUAGCCACUACAUUAUACAAAAAUAUCCCCCGAAAAAGUACACAAACAUGUUUUUAGGUUUUGACUCACGAUAAUAAUGAGAUGAAAGUACCAGAAUGGAUCACAGUAAUUAGAUUGAACUGAGAUAAUGCCUUAUUAAUUUGCUUUGUAAUAUUGUCUUACUGAGACUUGUCUGUUAAUUACUGAAAUCCAUAUCAACUUAGGCGAAAAAUCCUCAUACACUGUCCUAUAGUGUUUUCCAAUUGAUUCCAUAAUAUUCAGUACCUGACAGGCUUGUUUUUAUACUUUCUUUUUAUUUCCCAGAUAUCGACUUAUUUUAGGCAAGCUAACGUAACCUCACUGUGUCCGUAUAGUUUCGCAGGUAGACUUAAGUCGAAUUCCUAUCAAUAACCGUGCACGUGUCAAUGUAAUAUCCACAUCUCUUGUGUUAUAGCCAAUUAUAUUAAUUAGUAGCCCGAAUUCGGGUAAACAGUGCUGUUUUAAUUUCAUGACCGAAGGAUUAUAUUUCGUAUUCCUUAACUAACCAGAGAUUGGGUUUGUGAAGGACUACUUAUCAAAGUGGCUUAGUCCGGGACCGCAAAAAUUGUUUUCCAUCUUCGAAUGAAGUAACAUAGCACUAGAUUUUACUUAUUUAAUUUCUGUAGCGUUGAAUAUAAAAUUAUGGAAUAUAGAUAUUCAAUUAUCAGUGGUUUUAUUCAGUAUAAUAUCUUCUAGACGAUGAUCUUGGUAAAUAAAUAAAAAACUUCGUUGUUGGAAGUGGUUCUUCUGUGAUUUUCAGGUAUCUGCAGACAUCCAUUCAAAAAAUAUUCAUGGCCUAAAUCCGUUCGUCGAUUAUAUCAUUUAUAUUUCUGGGAUAAACUGCAAAGGAGAGGGAGUACGUAGUUCUGGAUAUCAUCUUCGAUCUAUUGCCGCUGGGUUGCAUAAUCCUAUUAAGUCUUCUGAUUAUGAAUUAAAUUAUUUAGAACAUUUUGAUUUCCCUGUAUGGGGUUAUAUUCUACUUUUUGGGUUUGUCGUCUUCUGGAUUUUGUUUGGCUUAUUUAUUCACUUUGUCGUCCGUCAAACUUCAAGAAAGCAGUGUUUAAAAUCUUCAGCCAAGUAUUUCGUUGCUAAUGGUUCUAACAUAGAUGCGCAGCAUCAGAAAACCUUUCGGAGAAAUAUUCUACAUGGAAUAAGUUUCGGAACGUGCUGUACCUCGUUAACUUUCCAAAAAAACAAGUCAGAAAGUCACUCCAUUGUUGAUAGAAACUUGGGCACCUUCUUACUGAGUAGUGAGCAACAAGAGGUGGAAACGGGACAUCUACUCCAUCAUUUGAACCCAUCUCAAUCUAAGUUACAUAGUGACAAACCUGUUUCUGAACACAAAUUAAUGACUUUACGUUCUGCCUCUGGCAAAAACGAAGCAACUUCUACAGGAUGUACACAUGCAGCAUCACCGCUGUUUGAGUACUUAACCGGUAAUGAAGACGUUGAGGUGUAUGCUAUCAGUGAUCCUUCUGUGUGUUCUAAUAACCUUAGUUACUUGCCUUCAGGUGUAUUGAAGAUGACUACAACAUCCGGUAGCAAUGCAACUAUCUUAAGCCAAAACGGAUUAACUGAAGAAAAUAUGUCGAAUCAAAGUAACCCAAUUAGCAGACCGAAAUUGCCAGAUUCAAUAAAUAUACCAUUCCCAGUACCCCCGAUUUGUCACUCAAAUUUAUGUACACCGAAACUUGCAUACCAAAGCAACUCUUUACAUUUACUGUCGCUGCCAGAUCGUUAUGCGUCAAACCAAUUAGACGAAUCUAUUAAUCCACAGAAGUUCACUUCAGAGGAUACUGUACCCGCGUAUGCAAGUUGUUCAGUAUUUAAUAUUCACAAAACGGAAGUCAUCGAUCAUUGUAAUCAACACAGUGGAACACCAAGUGUUGUACCGAUGCGCAACAAUAGUAACUUGUGCACGAAAUUAAAAAACUCUAAUCGAAAUAAUUUUGUUGCGAAUUCAUUCAAUCUAGGCGAUAAUUUGAAAUCUGCAGAAUUUCUAGCAUCUGUAAAUGGCAGUCAUUUACCAUUGUCUAAUGAUUUCCAUAAUGCUGCUUCUUGUAGUUGGCAAUUUAUUCCACAUAACAUCAAUGGUUCAGUAAUUCGAGAGGAGCACAAACCAGAAAAUGUUAUUCCUCCCCCACCUGAAUAUCCACCACCGCCUUUACCGUCGGCUUCAACAAAAUUAUGCGGUCUUCCUAAUUUAUGGAUUCCAAAUUCCGAAUCAGGUGGUGACCUACAUAGACCACUUGAAUUAAAAGAGCAUCAAUUACGUUUUGUUUCAGACGAUAGUAGUCUACCAAGUGGUGGAAUUUUAGCUUCUCAAUAUUUCACUUGAGAAGCGAAAACACCCUACCUGUCAAAUUGUUACUCUCCUCUGUCAGGAGCUUAUGCUGAAACUCGUUACAUUUCAUGUACAAUACCAAAUUCAAACAUUGGCUUUCAUAAAGUCGGUUCUUGUUUUGUUAAUAGUCAGGCGAAUAAUUGCAUUGAAUUGUCUCCACCAUGUUAUAUAAAACAAUAUCUCUCUCCAACUGAUCAAAAUAUAACAGAAUUUCAUGAUACAAUGUGUAUGGUUAGUGCAGCACAUAGUCUCAGUCCAUUAGGUAAUGCUUUCCCAAAUACUUCAGUAAUUAUUAACCCUGGACAAUUUGAUUCACCUGUACGCGGUAAAAGUUGUCAAUUCACCGAUAAUAGUGGAAAUGGUGAAAGUAGUAGUGGUUUAUCUGCUACAAGUGGUUUGGGGAGUACUGCUAUAGGGAGCGGAAGUGCUAAAUAUCCUGCAUGUAGACGACCUGAUGAUAUACAUACUGUUAAUGGACUUACAUCCGGCAGCGAUUCAUCUAAUUGUUCCAACGUACACAUGAGUAUAGUAGUGCAUCGGAAUAACCAAAAUACAUUGCCACCAUACUUUUCUCCGACAGAACAGCGACAACAACAAAUAGCUCAGUCUAUUUCGAAAUCUGUUCUACUCUCAUGCAAUACAUCCUGUUGUUCUUCAGCAUCCUCUUCAUCUACUAAUUCUAAGAAUGGAAUUAUAAAAAAAUCGGAACAUUAUUCAAGUCAUCCGAGUAAUAAUAAUAAUAAAAAUGAUAGUAAUGCUGAUGAUUUGUCAAAAUCGUUUCAAUAUGUUAUACCUGAAAAUAUUUCAUCUAAUAAUAAUUCAAUGCAGUUAUCAUCGUUAUUCUGUAGAUAUGGUGAACUUCCACAACAACAGCGGUCAACGAAUUCACUUGUUGUAUGUAAUCCAGUUAUCUCUAAUAGUGCAAAUUUUCAUGAACCUUCUAUGCUAUCAACACCAACCUGUAAUCAUUGUUUUACUGAAUCAAAUGUUAAUAAAAAUGAAAUUAACAAAUCAUCAUCACAAAUGAUGCCAACAACUGUUCUGGUGUCCAGUCAUGAUCUAAGUAAAGCGACUAGUUCCAGUACUACUACUACCACCGGUACUGUGACUAAUAAUAAUAAUAAUAGCGUUGGUGCACAUUGUAGAACUAUUCGGACAUGAUUACUUAUGAUGCAUUGAAAGUGAUAUGAUCCCAUGUAUACUCAAAGUUGUUCAUCUGUAUUCACUUAGAAUUUUGUGUUUCAUUAAUUGAUUAAUUCAUCACUUCAUUAUUUACGAAUCACCUCUCCCCAUUCAUAUUUAUUCAUCUAUUUUCAAUUGUUUUUUUCAUGAUUUACCCAAACAUUAUGCAACUCAUAUCUGUUAUGUAUACUGAUGGAUUAUGUAUUUCGAAAAUUUUGUACUCAUGAUCAGUAUUUCAGAUCUCAAUAUUUGUACUGUACAAUCUGUUUUUAACGUUAGGAUACAAUAUUAUCAUUUCUACUAUUAUUUAUUUAUUCUUAUAUACUACUGACUAAUUUGAUAUCAUCGUCUAUUUCUAUAUUUCUUUUUUGAUAGUUAUGUAUAUGAUGUUGUGUUUUUGAACUACAUGUACUUAGUGGGCGCUGAAGAUCUUGUCUAAGAUGACAAUAAAAGCUCUGUCUAGCUUAGAUAACUCAAUACUAUUAAAAACAUCUACCUAUGCUGCAUAUCUUUAUCAUAUAGUAAAACUACUCUGUGCUUUUUCCGUUGAUUGUAAACUGAAUUCUUAAUAUUCAAAUGAUUAUUGUUUUUACUAUGCAUCAUUCAUGAUACUAUUACUAAUAUUGUUACAUUUACGACUGUGUUAAUAAUAUGAAUGCUAUAGUAUAUUGUUAUGCAGUGUUUAUAUUGCAUUUGUUUUGUUUGUUGAUUGUAUUAAUGAAUUGACUUCAUUCUAAGUCUUUUCCUCACACUAGACGUCUUUGUAUCUUUCCUACUCUCUAUUUAAACUGCUAACGUGGAAAUACCAAUAUCUUUGAUGCUGAUUAUAGAUAUAACUUCAUGUACCUGUAAUUGGACAGUCGUAUACUUCAUUUUUCCAUCUGAGAUUUGACAAUUUUGACAUGAAGUCUAAAUUUUUUGUACACAUUUAUUUACUAUACAUAAGAAGAAAUAACUAAACAAUGAACUUGACUUAAGACUAAACGGUUCGUUCAUUUUGUUGUUGUUCUUGUCCCUCCUCUCUCUCUCUCUCUCUCUCUCUAGUUUUAUUUUACUUUUCAACAGUUUGUUCAUUUGUGUUUUUAUCUCUUUACGUGUACAUAUCUAUUGUCUAUUUAUCUUUGUAUUCAUAUGCUGACCAUGCGAAUUUAAUAAAUAUUUAGCCUAG